AUGGCAGCGAUCCACGACCGCCCGAUGCUCUUGUGCACGAUCCACACCACCCACCACCCCACACCUGCCCACCACGCACUCCCCACCAGCCCGCAUAACCACCCACCGCCCACCUGCCUCCCUUAUCUUGAUCCUCCAGCCACCGCACCACCACCUACCUGCUGCCUCGCCAGAUACCCCCCGCCGCCCACCGGCGGCCUCCGCCCCCCUCCGCGUGGGUCCACGAGCCUCCUGCUGCCUCGCCAGAUCCCCCCGCCGCCGCCCGCCGGCGGCCUCCGCCCCCCUCCGCGUGCCUCCGCAAGCCUCCUGCUACCUCACCGGAUCCGGCCGGCGCCGGCCACCGCCUGCCGCCAGCCCCCGCCCGCCUUCGCGUGGCUCAAUGCAUCUCCGACCUCCGCCCUGCUCCACACGCCGCCGGCCUCGGCCUCCUCUGCUCUCCUCUUCCUGCCACUUCCCAAAAUCUGUUGGAGAACGUAG